CCCCUCCCUCCCUCUCCUUCCUAUGUCUAGCAGAAGGCUUUUCUCUGAUGUCUACAAAAUCCAUAAUUUUCUUCUUGUUGUCGCCUUGUUUCUGGGCAAUAGUCAUGCCAAAACCAGUCCCAAUUGUGACCGACCACCCUCCUCUUGUGGGAGUAAUAAUAAAAUCCCCAUCAGACACCCUUUUCGAGUGAAAGGAGAUCCAGAAAACUGCGGAAACAAGAACUACGAGCUGGACUGCGACAACAAUCGUUUCGUCCUCAAAAUGUUCGCCUCCGGAAAAUACUAUGUGCAAUCAAUCGCCUACGACCUCUAUACUAUCCGGCUAGUCGAUGUCGGCUUGCAGCAGGGGAAUUGCUCCUCCCUCCCUCUAUCGAUUCUCAAAUUCACUGAUCCUAUUUCAUAUUCUUAUACGUUUUACCGAGAUUUAAAUUAUCCAUACGCACGGGAUGUAGCCAUAGCACUAUGGGUUGAUUGCGAAAGGCCAGUAGAAGAAUUCCCACUCUACACGGAUGGCACAACUAGUGCUUCCAGUUGUAUUCAGAAAGAAACUUCUACUUCUUCUUCACUCUCGUCAACAGAAAAGAGGCAAUAUUCUUACUUUUUGUUCGGGUAUAAUUUGCCCGCUUCGGUUGUGGCGGAUCAGUGCAGAAUAGAUGAGAUAGUUAUGACAACGUUCGGGUCGCCGCCAGCUUAUUAUAAUAUCCAAACACACAUUUCCUUCCCGGAUUUCCUCAGUAGAUUGGAGUACGGGUUUGAGCUUUCCUGGCUGUCCAUUCUGUGUGAAAAAUGCCGAGGACGAGGCCGUUGCCAUGUUGGGAGUACUUACAGUUACAGCACUUUCGCUUGCCUCAAAUACUGCGAUAAGUCCUUGGAAGACAGGUCCUUUCUAUGUCGCUUGGAGAUUUUUUACCAUGAGAAUGCUACUUGGCUCAAAAUCACAGGACUGUUUCUUAGUGCAAGAACAUUAUCUGGGUUUCUAGGCCUAUUUGCCUUGUUGAUCUAUAAGUUCAGGAGAAGGCAUUUGUCAAUGUUUGAUAACAUUGAAGGUUUCCUACAAGGUCAGAACAACCUGAUGCCGAUUAGGUACUCUUACUCCGAAAUACAGAAGAUGACCAGAGGCUUCAAGGAAAAGUUGGGAGAAGGGGGCUAUGGUUGUGUAUACAAAGGAAUGCUCCGAAGCGGUUAUGCCGCAGCGAUAAAAGUAUUAGGCAAGUCCAAAGCCAAUGGCCAAGAAUUCAUCAAUGAAGUUGCUACCAUUGGAAGGAUUCAUCAUGUCAAUGUGGUCCGACUAAUCGGAUUUUGUGCUACGAGAUCUAAACGAGCUCUUGUUUAUGAAUUCAUGCCUAAUGGCUCUCUUGAGAAGUACUUAUUUUCUCAAGGAAUUAUCCCAUUGAGUUGCAAGCAAAUGUAUGACAUUUCUCGUGGAGUGGCGCGUGGUAUUGAAUAUUUACAUCGUGGAUGUGACAUGCAAAUCUUGCAUUUUGACAUCAAGCCUCACAACAUUCUUUUAGAUGAAAAUUUCAAUCCAAAAGUUUCAGACUUUGGGCUUGCGAAAUUGUAUCCGACAGAUAAUAGCAUGGUGUCUCUUACUGCAGCAAGGGGAACAAUGGGUUACAUGGCUCCAGAGUUGUUCUACAAAAACAUUGGACACAUUUCCUACAAAGCUGAUGUCUAUAGUUACGGAAUGUUGUUGAUGGAAAUGGCAGGCAGGAGGAGGAACUUGAAUGCAUUCGCUGAUCACACGAGCCAAAUUUACUUCCCUUUGUGGAUUUAUGACCAAUUCAAAGAAGGAAAGGAGAUAGAAAUGGGAGAAGCCACGGAGCAGGAAAGGGAGAUGGUGAGGAAGAUGGUUAUAACGGCACUAUGGUGCAUCCAAAUGAGACCUAGCGAUCGUCCUUCGAUGAGCAAUGUUGUAGAGAUGCUUGAAGGAGAUAUUGAAGCUCUUGGAAUGCCUCCUAAGCCUUUCUUAACUCCUCAAGACAUACCAGUUGAAGAUGAAUGAAUCAAGACGUACCCAUUCUACCGGCUGUUGUCAUAGAGUUUUGUCCUUAGGACUAGACUUACAAUCAACUGCUGUUUAAUAUUCAAGGAGGAUAGGUCAUGGCAUCCUCCCAUAAAUAAAGGCAGAUAGCCUUCUUCAAGAAUAUUAAGACUAUAUAUACAUAGAAGAACUAUUUAUCUUUA